AUGCUGUUCUGCCCGACGUGCGCCAAUUUGCUCGUGAUCUCGCAAGAGACGGGGUACAACAAAUGGGCAUGUAACACAUGCGCGUAUGAAUUUCCGAUUACCAAGCAGAUGACUUCACGCACGAAACUGCAACGGAAGGCCGUCGACGACGUACUCGGAGGAGAUGACGCGUGGAAGCACGCGGACUCGACUGCCGCCACAUGCCCGAAAUGCGACCAUGGCCGGGCGUAUUUCUACCAGCUGCAGAUUAGGUCCGCAGACGAGCCCAUGACCACUUGUAGUUGCGCUUCUUGCACUCACCAAUGGCGUGAAAACUAG